CUUCCCUCCCACUCCACUGGGCCGCGAGGAAGUCGCAAGAUGGCUGAUGUCGCUUGGAAGUAAUGUUCCCCUCUGCAACAUGAAGCCGUGAGUGUGGAAGAAAGCGAGGGAGGCACCAUCGGGCUUUUAUUUUUAUUUUCUUUUAGUUACUUUUCUUUUAUUUCGUCAAACAUCCAUCUCAUUCCGCGUCGUGUCCGCCCCGGACUUGUCUUCGGGAGUUGACGCGUCAAAUCACGCCGGGGACCCUGCCAGCAGCAGCAGCUAACAGCUAGCCACACAGUUAGCCACAGACAGCCAGGCGCAGAGCUUGUUAGUUUGUUUUUACAUUGAUAUUCAGACACCUGCGAGACAACAAGCCGCCGCCGCACAGGUGCUCACAUUUACCCGCGGUUGCGCAACAUUAAAGUCGGAUAUUUUCGCUGUCAGAUGAGAAAUAAUCCCAAAUUCGCAGGCUGCUCGGUGAAACAUCAUGUCCGCGAACUGGCCAUCCAGCCUGUGGGUUGCUAACUAAUGCGCAGUAUUGCAUCUGUUUAAUGUGCACAAAUCAGCAGCAGGAUCGUUUUGUAGACAUUUUUCAACAAUAUCCAUCACUUUUGCUGCAUUUCCGUUAAAUUACUGCCAACUGCAUGUGUGGAGCUGGUUCAGUUAAAGCCAAAAUUAUGGGAGCAGGAAAAACGCUGAACUUUUUUCUGGCUGUAGGUAGCUACACUGGCCUUGCUGGCAUCUAACCAAAAAUCCACAGGGAUGGACACUAAACUGAGCUCAGCCACGACCAAAAGUGAGAGAUUCUCAUCGGAAUAGGUAAGGAUAGCAGACACACACAGGUAGAGAGGCGCACGGUGACUCAUUUCACUCGUCUAGAGAGGCAGAGAAGUUGUGUUUUUUCCAGGGUUCACUUUAACCACACUUAGUCACUACAUCGGAGACCAGUUAGCUUUGCCUGCAGUGCACAGCUAGCUACUGUCUCGCCCCACAUCACAUCACAAACACGGCGUACAGAACGUAUUCCGAGCCCGCUCCCGGCCAGACGCACAGGCUCAACAACACAGUCAUGGGAGUUCAGGGCUUCCAAGAGUAUUUAGAGAAGCGGUGUCCCGGGGCCGCUGUCCCGGUGGACCUCCUCAAGCUUGCCCGCACCGCGGCCCGCCAGCCCCCUCACCACCAUCACCCACACCACCACCCACAUCACCCCGGGCCCAUGCCUCCCCCGCCCCCGCCUACCAGGAUCCUAAUCGACGCUGACUCCGGCCUGCAGCGCCUCUACGGCGGCUACCAGACGGACUGGGUGUGCGGGGGCGAGUGGAACGCCAUGCUGGGCUACCUGGCUGCCCUGUCACAGGCGUGUCUGUACCAGGGCGGCCUGGAGCUGGUCGUGGUUUUCAACGGCACGCUGGGGAAGGAGCGCUGGCCCGAGUGGGCGCGGCGAGCUCAGGGCCAGCGACAGACCGCGCAGCUGAUAGUCAACCACGUCGGCAGCAAGGCCACCCCGCCCCCACGGGCAUGGUUCCUGCCCCCGGCCUGUCUCAGCCACUGCGUCCGCCUCGCCAUGUUCCGCUUCCGAGUGCGGGUGAGCAAUGUGAUCAUGGCUGUGUGAAAGUGUGUGAUUGUGAGGCUUCAUUUAGCACUUGCACUGUCUCUCUGCACGCCCAUGUCAGUUUACAUCUCUUUAAGAUAACAUAAGAUGUUCCUUUAAUUCCACAAAAUUACAGCAGCUAGUAUAGAUCCAAAAAGACAACAAUUCAAAGAUAGAGAAAUUCAUGUUUACAUCUGUACAGAAUUCACAUAAUAAUAUGGUUUACUGCACAACUAUUCACAGCUUUACUAUUUGUGAGUGCCGCUGCAGGUCUCAACUGGAAUUCAGCUUUUUAUUUUUACACAGAAACGCAAAAUUUGGGAGUUUUCCCAUGAAGCAACAUCACUGAAUAAGCCACCUGCUUAAAGGCAGAGUAGUAAGUGUCUUUCCACAUGGUGAGAUCACAUAGAUAUUCAACACAAACCUGCCCAGAAGCAGAGUUUUUAUUCAGGUUUAAAUUUAUGGUAGAGUGCAUCUCUUCUCUAAUCAUGUAAUUUUUAACACUGAAUGUGUGUAAUAUCUAAGGUUAUGUUUAUUAUCUUGUUAUACUGUAGUUUGACAUCGUCCAUGCACACCACUGCACCGUCUCUCUGCACGCCCAUUCUAGUUUACGUCUCUUUAAGAUCAUAUUUUCCUUUGAUAGUCCCACAGGGGAAAUUCCAAAAUUACAGCAGCGUAGUAUAGAUACAAAAAAGACAAAAACUAAAAGAUAAAGAAAUUCCAGUUUACAUCUGUACAGAAUUCACAUAAUAAUAGGGUUUAUUGCACAACUAUUCACAGCUUUACUAUUUGUGAAUGCAGCUGCAGGUCGAAACUGACAUGAGCUGGAUAUACCUGGAAUUCAGCGUUUUAUUUUUAUUCAGAAAUGCAAAAUUUGGGAGUUUUCCCAUGAAGCAACAUCACUGAAUAAGCCACCUAUCUUAUCUUUCCACACGGCGAGAUCACAUAGAUAUGCAACACAAAACCUGCCCAGAAGCAGAGUUUUUAUUCAGGUUUAAAUCUACAGUAGAGUGCAGCUCUUCUCUAAUCAUUUACCUUUUAACAUUGAAUGUGAGCGAUAUCUAAGGUUAUCUAUAUGAUCUUGUUACACUGUAGUUUGACAUCGCCCAUGCACACCAAGGAGGGGUUGCACUGUAGGGAUUAAUAUGCAUGAUCUUAGCUUUGCAGAAAAUCAAACCCCCCUACUGUUAUUUUUUCUCUGUUUGCUUGAAAACUGUAGAUAUGAAUAUCUGUUUAUCUUCACACACUGCAUUAAUGAUGAAGGGAAAGCAGCAUGUGAAACUAGAUCAUGUUUUAAAAAACUGUAUUAUACUUACCUUAUAUGUAUUUAUGCACUUUUUCUGCAUUUCCUUCAAUGAACAUAAAUCUGAACUCGUUUGUUGCAGUAAUUAUUUGCAUUUGUCGUAUCAAACACAGAGAUUGCAUGUGCAUAAAACAAAAACAUGAAUUUGCACCGAGCCUGAGAAUGUAAGACUUUGUUUGAACGCCCCUCUGAUCCAGCAGAGAAGCUGUUUCUCUGCAGCAGAUCAUAGAUUUCUGCCUGUAGCUGCCCUGCGCUGCUCUCGUGGAUGUAUUUGGGAUGGUGGCCUACUGGGAGAACGGAUGUAUUCAGUGAAGCUGAUCUUUUAAAGAUGUAUGAAGCAAGAGGAACCGGCUACAGAGAAAAACCUGUAGUGUACAGCAUGAGGAUCUGGUUUAGCCUAUAUAUUACAUAACAUGAACUCAGUGAACCUUUCAUACAUUGUUGAACAACUGCUGAGUGGAGGGACUAUUUAUAGGCCUCUGGUGCCUGACAGUGGUGCAUUUGUAAUGAGCUUUUUCAUCCAGAUCUGUAGAGAAUAUGUGAAUAAAAAGUGACUCCACUGGUGGUUCAUUAGGUUUUUGUUGUAGCUGUUGCUCAUUUUAUCCGUCUUACUCUAAUAUUAGUCUGCUGUUUAGAUGAAAGUGAGGUAAAUGUGUCAGCAGGGUCCUUAAAGUCGACAUCUUCUGGAGCGGAGAGUAUCAUAAUAACCUCUGAAAAGGAAAUGUGACUCAUCAGGUUAUGUCAAAGGCCUUCCUUAAACGGCUGAACCGUUGAUUGCCUCUCUCAGUCCUCUCCUGUCAACUUUACCCAGCUGCCUCUUUAGCUGCUCUCCAAUCUGCUUGUAUGCUAGCAUUAAAAAAAAAACACACACACACAAUGUGACUGGUAGUGAAUAAUGUUAGAAUCAGAAAAAAGAAAAAACACCACCCACAUUUCAGAACAGCACAUUCUGGUGCCGCUUGUGCAUGUGCAGCAUGGUUACUCACACUUCCCAUGUGUACCUGCUCGUCUUUCUGAGAAUCAGGACGAUUUCUGCUGCUUAAAGUGUCUCACUUCAGCUUGAAUUACACCGUUUACUUACACCGAGUGCAGUAAUCCGACUGAGCGUUACAUCUGCUGCUUGCAUUUAGUUAUUUAAGUUGAGUGCCUGUGAAAAUUCAUUACUUAGCUCUACUUUACUGGAGUGAUAAAUGAAAAUCUCUGCAGUCUGUAAUCAAACGCUUCCACCAUAACCAGAUUAUUACUAAUUAAAUAGAUUUUUAAUGAAGUAACUGAACUGAAUGUAGUUAUUAAGUCUCGACUGUAGCUCUGCUCCAACACUCUGGUAUAAUAAUGUGAAGUUCUCCUAACAUGAACCUCAACCACGAGCUAGAUUCUGCACGAGUGUGCUCUGAGGCUAAAGUGUUGGCUCAUGUACAGCUGGAGCUGGAGGUAUCACUGCCAGUGUUAGAGAGUAAUUGCUGCAGCAGAAACUUUUCACAAAAGUAUUUUUUUUUUUUUUUGCUAGAUUGCAUUUUAGUAAAGCUAUGAAAAUAAAUAAUCCAGUAAAAUGCAGUUUCAAGAGUAAAUACUGUCGAAUUUUUAUACAUUAUUAAACGGGGGGUAGUCAGGAUCUGAGGAAGUUCCAGUUUUUAGGAGAAAUCUUGAAUGUAAACUCUACCCCUCCAAACCAGUUUUCCCCUCGGCUCCUACUCUCCUCUCAAGCCCCGCCCACAAACAGACGCUCCUGCUCGCUCGUAUCGUUCCAAUUAAAUUCAGAUAUAAUGCAGAUAAAUACUUCAGAUCAUUACAAAUGGGGCCCAGUCAAGGUGAAAGUCAAAAGCAUUGGUGCUACUGUAGAUGCCAACAGACUACCAGCAAACACAAUGUUUGCAGGACUUCUACAACGAGGAUAAAGUGACAUAGUCCAGGACCCGAGGGAGGACAGUUUAGCGAUGGCGCUACAACACGCUACAGCAGGUCCGUUUGACAAGAAACACUUCUGUUACAGACACUUGUCUUACUUUGUUAAAGCGGUUUACCUGUCCAGCAGAAAGGUUACAGGGUCACCAAGAUCCCCAAGCGUCCCCCAUCGUUUAUGUUGACCCGGCUUUGUAGCUCUUGUCCGGUCUACCUCCGUUUUAAGCGCCCGUUAUUCCUCCAGAGUCUCCGGUAUUUACUUUGUUUUCUUGCUUGUGUCGGCAGUCGUGGCCAAAGGAGGAUUCAGACAAUUUUCCGAACUUUCUGGUUGGUUUCUACUGUCCGAUAUUGUAGCACGCUAACUUUGUUUGGGCUCCUGAACGACACGGGGGAGCAGCGUCUGCCUCACAACCAAUCAGGUUAGAGGAGGUGGAGAACGGCUUUGUUUACAGUCAGAAAGAGAAAAUGUUGACGACACAGACAUAAGAGAACACAGAGAUAUCGUGAUAUUACCAAAUGUCAUCAAUGACUAAUAUCUAUUGACUGAUAUUAAAAUAUUUUUUGUUUAAAAACCACAAAAAAAGAUGCUUCUUUAAUGAAAUCCUGCCUACCCCACCUUAAAGUGAUCAAACAAAUCUUAAUUUAGUGAAGUAAGUUCACCACCAGUUUUAAAGAAGUUAUUUUAUACUGUUUAUUUUGUCAGACUAACACAGCAUGCAAAGCUAUUCGGUUUACAGUUAAACACUACAGUGAAGAAAGGCUUUUAAAAACUUGAGUUUCAACCUGCUUAAAUCACCAAAGAGAUUUUUAAUGAUUUUAUCUGCUAAAUGCCGCUUUUGUGUGAACUUGUUCCAGGUUUCUUCUAAAAGGAUGACUUUGUUUUAACAGCAGCAGGUGUCUGGUUUGUGUCUUUCAGUCAACAGCAGCCUGACUUUGUCCUCUUUGCAUCCUCAGGUUGUACAGACUUUGGAGGACCACCACCAGGAAGUGCUGUCUCUGUACAGGGACUUUGGAUUCGCCGGCCUCAUCGCUCAGGAUUCUGAGUUCGCCCUCUGCAACGUACCCGCCUACUUCUCCUCACACGCGCUCAAACUGAGCUGGAACGGCAAGAACCUGACCACACACCAGUACCUGCUGUCUGAGGCUGCCCGGCAGCUCGGGCUCAAGACACAGCACCUGCCCUGCUUCGCUGCUCUGCUGGGUGAGGAGCCGUCUCCACACAUGAAACCACAGAAACAAACACAGAUCCCACAAUUGUUCUCUGACGCUUUUUAACUGAAACACACACGCGUACACGCCCCUCGUGAGUUGUAUUUUUGGCACCCCUCUGCGUCUGUCGUCCUCGUUCAUUGACAAACGCUUAAAAGAGUGUCUCUUGCAGGAAAUCAUAUUCUGCCUGAUGAGGACCUGGCUGCCUUCCACUGGAGUCUGCUGGGACCAGAACACCCACUAGCUUCUCUCAAGGUAACAUAUGUUCAAAAGUCCAAAGUGCCCCGCAAACCGCUGCUUCCUCUUAGAAAAUACUCGCCGCAGUGAUCGUUUAAUGCUGGACUUUGACCACCAGCGAGGAGAGAGCGCUGAGUUCACUUGUAUGUAAAGAGAGCAGGAACUUUUAUUCUUGGACCUCUGUCAUUAAAGAGAGGCUGUUUCAGAGUUAAAUCCAAAUAAGUAAAAAAAAAAGCUCAACCCUUCAGCAUCCUCAGGGGGUUUUGUCUUGUUUACAUUUUCUGAUUAAAUCCCCUCUCACUGUCUGGCUUGUAAACUCAGUUUUCAGUUGACAAAAGCGUGCUUCAUGCUUGUUUCACAGAUCUGGAUUUACACCUACCUCCACCAGAAACCUUUCUUGUGAAAAAGAUGUCCAAAGUCGUUUAUUUUUGUUCUCACAAAUAAACUCCUGAGGCUCUGAAAUUGAUGGGAAUUGAGGUGCUGAAAAGACAGAUGAAAAAGGCGUCUUUACUCAGUGAAGAUGAUAUAAAAAUCUGAACUUAUGCAUCAGAAUUAAGAGGUUAUUUAUACUUUUGUCCUCUCAGUGGUCUGCAAACAUGAAACAUAAGGAAAGUCUCUCUUUAAGACCAUUUACGACACGGUCCACAGAUAUUACACUCUCUCUCUUUUUCUCUUGGUGUUUGGUGGUCGGAGUGUAAGUGUGAUAUCAGACGUGGAGGUGGUGCGAUCUGUGAAAACACAACCUCACUUGUAGCUUCGGCGUCCGUGACCUUCAUUUCGUCUCAUUCCCAGAUCUGUGGACACGUUGUUGUUUGUCGUAGCGCUCAGCGAUGGCAUUAGCGGCCUUAGGAAGGCGUCGCAGUUUGAUCAAGACUUAUGUUGUGUCUUAGGUUAAAAGCUUAAUUAAAUUGUCUGCCGACCUCCGUGAAUAGAAGCAGCGUCCUGUAACAGCGGAGGGACUUUAGCAUCUGCUCUAAUGAGAGCUAACAGAUAAAUUAAAUGUUUAACGGUGUUAGCCUAACGAGAGCUGAAGCUGCUUAUGGAGGUGUGCCGCAGGUAGGAGAGUAAAUCUUUGAGUCCAGCUCGGUUUUUAGAUGUACAAUAUGAGUUUAUGAGUGUAAAUAUGGGAUGGAGCGAUGCAAGUCUGUGAAAGAUAAAAUAUUAUUAGAGAGUGAGUUUAUGGUUUUUGCUGUUUACAGUUCUCGUUCUCACAGACGGCGUCAUUAAAGGUGGAUGAUAAGUUGGAUUGAUUCAGUGCAGCUCGUCCGUCUGGAGUUCGGCUCACUCCGGUCUCUGCUCGUAGUCUCUCCCCAGCCCGGUCAGCGUCCUAAACAGCUGAUUGAUUUUGAAAAACAUCCAGAAGUGUGAGAGCUGUGUGAUUUGUUUCCGAUGAAACCGUUUAUGGCCGCUGGUGUCCAGGGAAACGGCUCUUAAACGCUGACGAGCAAAACCAGAAACUUUGUGUGAAAAAGAGGACGGACUUUAAACGACUUCCUCUGAGGUUUUGAUCAUGAUGCUUUCAGGGUUUGAUUACGGUAAUAUCUCCUUUAUUGUCUGCGCUGUACUCGGGUUUUAACUUCAGUCCUCUGUGUUUUUAAUCGACAUUAAAACAAGACGAACUCUAACCAUGUGCAUCCCAGUCUCCUACUUUUUUCACUCGUCCUGCACGUUUGGCGAUCAGACCGUGAUGUUUUUACACACCUCUCAGAGCUUCAAAUAACUUAAUUGAACAUUUUAAUUGAGGUUUGCACAAACGGGAGGACUCACGUUAAGACUCAUCCCGCUCAGAGUGGGAUAUCAUGUUUAUAGACCCCUCCUCAAACCUUCUCCCAGCAGCACCGUCGAACAGGUCCUGCUCCACUUCUGUUUGUAUAUGCUAAAUAAAUUCACAGCGCAGAUAAAUAUCAGGGUGUGACUCUCGUACGGCUGAGCAGGUAAACGUAGAUUCAAACCCGUGUGUUUCCCCCUCUCAGGUGCGAGCUCAUCAGCUGGUGCUGCCACCCUGCGAGGUGGUGAUCAAGGCCGUCUCAGAGUACGUCUCCUCCAUCAAAGACCUGGGAAACCUCGACGCCAUCGCCAGAGAUGUCUUCAAACAGUCACAGGUGAGCGUGUGCACGUCUUCAGACCUAAAUGAUACCUUUUUUAAACUGGUUUGUUUGACAGAUAUUCAGAAUUCGCUCCUCACUCCGAACUGUUGUCUACGGUGUAAAAGGUCAUUAGUGUUGACAAAAGACCUGAGUCAGCCGCUGCACUUCCUCUCUCCUGCUUAGCUAUACAAUCACACCACACCCUAUAUAAACCCACGUGCUCAACUGGAUGAUCUGGUUUCAUUUCAUCGUUUAGAGGAUUAUCUAUAACAGAAGACGCAGUGAUGGGAAAACCUGCACAAACGUAGCUCUCCUGUUAGGUUAAGUUUUUCACUCGGAGCGAUUAAAAUUUACAAAAUAUCUCAAGAGUGGAGAAAAACGUUUUGUUCAGAGGAGGAAGACAGCCUGUAGUUUCUCUGACUGAUGUUGUCACAACAGAGGAAAAGAAAGCCGUUAAAACAUGAGUCACGGAUGAACAAGAGGCUCCUAUUGUCUGAUUUAGUCGAGCGGUUUUCAAACUCAUCAUAAUGUCAGGAUCCAAAGGGGGCUCUCAGGCUGCUCAGUCAAACCCGGUUUUAAAUUGUUUUAUCGGAUCAGUUUGAAAAGCAGAAGAAAAGAGUCUCUGAUCACAAAUUAAAUGUUGUGAAGUUUCACAGAUAUUCGUGUGUUUUUAAUGAUUUGGAUGAAGAUCUGACACUCAGCAGGUUGUUAAGUUAAAGCCCAGCGGUGCCUUUGUUCACUCUCUGUUAUUCUCUCCUGAAAAGUCUGAUUUUUUUAUGUGAAGUGGAUGGAGUUUUAUCAGUUUGAGGCUGCAGAUGUUGGCAGAUUUAAAACUGUUUUUUUUGUGGGAGAUUAUUACUGUUUUAUCAGGGAAAUCCUAAUCUAGAAAGAGUCUUCAAAUCUUCUGUGCAGUGGCCCUUUAAGAAAACGAUCACAUAGGGCUGGGCGAUACAACGAUAACGAUGUAUAUCGAAAAUUAAUUUCUCUUAAUAUUAAUAUUGAACACGGUCAAUACACUUUUUGAUAGUUGGCAUUCUGACAUGUUUUGGUAGACUUUACGAAUAGUAGGGCUGGGACGAUAUGCUUUUCUCAUGAUUCGAUUCCUCUUAUGAUUUUUUGGAGACUGAUUGCGAUUCUACGAUAUAGUUGAUUUUUAGUCUUCAUUUUUAACACCACUGUAACAGCUGAAUGAUUCUGAUUUUCGACUGAUUAUUCCAGGAACCAUAUUUCCCCAAAAAAUACACAUUACAUGUAAGUCAGUUUUUAAGAUUUAUUCUUUAAAAAAAAACUCAAAUUUUUUAACAUAAAAUUGAUUUAAAAAUUGUAAAACAAAAAAUUGCGAUACUUACGCCAAUGGAUUUUUUUUCUCUCACCUCAAACGAAUAACCAAUGAAAAGGGGAGUUUCUGGGUCCACUUCGCGCUGAACCAACCAUGUACUGAAUUAGCACCACGUAGCAAACAACUGUUUAGUAGCAGACGGCAGCUACACACAACCAUAGCACUUAAACGGUGCAACGCCUUACGACAAAACAUCUCAGGCUACGUUCACACUGCAGGUUCUGAUGCACAAUUCGGAUUUUUUGUUAAAUCCGAUCUUUUUGUGCGGUCAUUCACAUUACAACAACAAAUUUGGCAUCUAAUGUGAACGGAAAGCGUCUGUGAAGUGACCCGCAUGCGCACAAAGCACAAAUUGCUUUGAUGACGUAUAGGUCGAUGAACGCGACCUGAGCGUCCACACUGCAGUCACAUCGGAUACAUAUCCGAUUUAUAUCCACAUACAAAAGAGGCCUGGGAGGAUUAGAACCAAUCAGAAUUGACCUGUUCACACUGAGAUGAAAAAAUCAGAUAUGAGUCACAGAUGGUUAAAAAAUCAGAGUUCACCUGCAGUGUGAACGUAGCCCUCGAGACACAAAGGCCUCACAGAUGCAGUAGAUUAUUAUAUUGCAAAAGACAUGCGACUAAUACACACUGUUAAAUUUCAUUUUUUAUAUUGUGAUAUAUAUCAUGAUAAACUUUUUCCCAUUUCACUUAGCACUAGGAUCAUGAUUCUGUUUCCGUGUUUUUAACGAUAUUCUUGAAUUUGUUUGAUGAUAUCAGUGUUUCAGUGAAGAUUCAGAGGCUUCAUACAGGUUUCAAAUAGAGACGCAUGGUUGUUUGCAAAUUCAUUAUUUUUGCAUGAUGAGAUUUUGCAAUAAAGCGUGACAGACAGAAGAAGACUUCUAUGCCUGAGCAGGUUUGCACAAUAAGAGGAAAUAUGGAGAGUGUGAUAAUAUUGCAUAAAUGAUAAAAAGAGAGCACGCCGAUGAGAGCCGAGAUCCCCUCAGGUCUCCAUCUGGUCAAAGGAGGAGUUACUCCGACAGCCCGGUCUGUCAUUGAAGCCUUUUUCUUUCCUUCCUCCUCAGUCUCGUAUGGAGGACAAGGUGGAGCGAUUCAAGAAAGCUGUGGAGUAUUUCUCUGCCGCCUCCAAACCACGCUCGCCCAACAUGGGGCCCUCGCCUUUCAUCUGUGAGUAGAAGGAACUGAACCGUCCGCCCACGCCGUUAUGUAAUCAUUUUACAAGCAAAUUUACAUCUUUGGUUUGUGUGUCCGGUUCUGCUCUAGUACCUGGGUUUGGACCCAAUCCUUUCGGGGGACCACCUGGCCACAUGGGACCGAUGCAGCCUGGAAAGAAUCAGGUAGACUCCUUUUGAACUCGUUGAUGUGUGUGAUCUGUAAUUUUCUCUGAAAUUCCUGAGUGGCAUGUGCUCAUUUAGGGAGGGAGGAAUUGGCCCAGGAAGUAGGGGGCGGGGCUUCUCUGCUGCCUGUUCCUUAUUUUCUUCCUUAUUCUCCUCUCCCCCUCCUCUCCAGUUCCCUCCUCCCCAGGUUCCGGGGUUUAAGCCACCCUUUCAAAAUGCUCCAUAUGGACCUGGCUCCACCCCUCUGUUCCACAACCCGCCACCGUCCCAAGACUGCAACGACUCACUGACAGGCAAGAUGGGCUUCUCUGAUUGGUCCGCUCCGUACGAUUCCACUCAGGGAGGAAGUCGACUACCCAACCAUCACACCGGCGCUCAGUCCGGUCCUUCUCCCUCUCCUUCCUCGUCAUCGGAUGGAGACGAACCCAACGACAGCAACGCAAAGUAAGAUGGAACGGAAAUUGAAUGAAAUUCACCGUCCUUUACUUUUUAUUUUAAAUAACGACUUUAUUCUUUCGUAAAAUAACGACUUUAUACUUUUGUAAAAUAACUUUAUUCUUUUGUUCAGUAACAACUAUAUUCCUUCGUUAAGUAAUGACUUUAUUCUGUCGUAAAGUUACGCCUUCUUUCUUUCGUGAAGUUACAAAUUCAUAUCCCUGUAAAAUAAAAACUUUUGACUCGGUCCUAAAAACAUGAGAUUCUGGUCACAAAUAUCAACAGCUGGGUUUGUAAAUAAAGGACUCUGACUGAGGUGAUCAGGAAUAACAGCAGCUCACCUGGCUAACACUACGUAGAAUUAAAGUGAUAGAUUUGUGGAGCUCCGCCUACUGGGCGUAUCCUGACCUCGGCGCCAGAUUUCUCUAAAUGAGAGUUUGAGUCUUUUUGCUCAGGUUGACGUUACUGAAGAGAGCGCUGAGAGCUGAAGUGAUCUAUUGACUGAUAUUAAAAGCUUUUUUUUGUAUAUACACCACAAAAAAGAUGUUUCUUUAUAUUGUGUCUUCAUCCAUUCAUGUGUCUGACAUAUGAAUCCAUGAAUGUGUAGUUGUGUUUGCACACUCUGGUUUAGAGGUGGUUUUCGAAGCAGCUGGGUGAGUUAAAGGAUGAGGAGUCUGUGGCUGUGGUGAGGUGGAGAGGAAACAGUCAGGUUCCUCCGGUCCCUGUCUACAGGUGUCAUGUGUUACAUACAUGUCUGCUCCUGAAUGUUGUGAAAUGAUCUGGAAAUAUCCAAAGUUAGUCUCAAGUGUUGAAAAGAGUGAGCGGUGCUGCAGCUUUAGAGAAACUCUUGUGUUGCUCUGAGUUGUAGCAGCGCUUUGAUUUCUCACUCCUGCAGAGCCUCAGUUUCCUCGAGCAUGCUCGGUGUCAGAUGUCCCUCUCUCUUUCUCUCUCUCUCUCUCGCUCCCUUUCUCUCUCUCCCUUUCUCUCUCCUGUCGUGUCUGAAAUUAGCUAGAGGAAGAGUUUGUUGAAACAGAGAGUGUCUGCAGGAUGUAAAGCCUCAACUUUAAAUUAAAGAUCAAAUCCAAAAGUUUGUCGUACACGUUUCAAAGUGAGACAAAGAUUAGAAAGAGAUCUGCCUCCUGCUUUACAAACGUUUUUAAACACAGGAGCUGAACAAGAUGGCAGUCAGAUCUAUAAAAGCAUCUGGAUUAAGUUAGAUUCGCUAAAUGAUCACUUUUCCAUCGUUCAUCUGAAGCAGCUCGGUCUGACACUCACCUGUAGACUGGCUGACUUUUUGUCAACAAGCUUACAGAGUAAAGCAGCCAGCCGCAGCUUAGCGUUUUAAGGAUUAAAUCUACAGAGGAGGAGGAGGAGGGUGAACUACAGAGUCGGGUUAAUCAGUGAGUGUUUUUGUCUCCAUUAGAAAAUAACAAAUUUAAAAAAUAUCCAAAACUCAGAAACAACCGACUCUGGACUCGUCAAAGAGUUUGUGAAGUUUCUGUGAGGCUGACUUUGGUGCUGAUUUCUCUUCCUAAGUGUGUGUGUGUGAGGAAACGCUGCCUCAGCAGAAACUCUGUUGUCAUGUAAACACACACGCAGACACACACACACACAUGCAGACACGAUGAGUGCCAGACCAGGAUGACUAAAACGAUCCCUGUCUUUUCCAGCCAUUUGACAGACAAGUCCUCGCGGUGGGAGGAUCCUGCUGGAAGAGGGGGCUCUGCCUCUGGAGACGGUUCCCAAGGCAACGGGAGCGGGUCAAACAUUCCGUCACUGUUGUCUAUGGCGACGCGGAGUCACAUGGACAUAACCACACCCCCUCUGCCUCAGGUGAGGAAACACUUAUCUUGGUAAAAAUAUCCGUCAUGUGGAGGUGUUUGAUUCGGUCUCAGUGAUCUCUGUGUCUGUGUUUCAGGUCAGUGCUGAGGUUCUUCGUGUAGCCGAGCACAGACACAGAAGAGGACUGAUGUACCCACAGAUUUUCCACAUAUUGACCAAGGUACACACACUUCCUGUUCUCCCCUGAGGCUCUUUUAGAGUGUUUCUUCUUCAAAUUCAGGGAUGUGAAGUUCAUUUGUUGUCUCAAAUGUCUCGAAACAUGGCGUGUUUUGCUUUUAGUUUGAUUAGCACGUCAUUUUAGGUCUUUAAAAUACCUAAAAAGCUUUCAAUGUGACCAAAAACACUGAUAAAGACGAUACAAAGUGGACGCUGCAGUUUUCAUUCACUGACUGGUCCUCCUUUUCUCCGUCUCCACCGCCUCAGGGAGAGAUGAAGAUGCCAGUGUGUAUAGAGGACGAGUGUAACUCUGAGCUGCCGCCUGCCUCUCUGCUGUUCCGUGCUGCCAGACAGUACGCGUACGGCGUCCUCUUCAGUCUGGCUGAAACGCACCGCCGCCUGGAGAGGCUCGCUCUCCGCAAGAGGGCCCCUCUGGAAGGUAGGUUCCUGCGACGCUUACGGAGAUUACAAAUGACGAAUCUCACAGGUCGAGGGUCUAUUUGUAAAACCUUUAUUUCAAACCAUGAGCGAUCACACGACAUCUCAGUAACAUCAGUGUCCUAAAAGUGUCUCUUCAGCAGAUUUCCCUCAUGCUGUUGUGUCUCGGUGAAUUUAACGGCCGCUCUAAUCGCAUUUUGGGAAGUAAAUCGAGUGUAAUUAUCGUUUCCCGUCUCACAGCAACUGCAUUGUUGGACUCUGACCAGUCGCAAUGAUCAGUAUGUUUUUAUCAGUGAAGGGUGAACCUGUCUGUGUGUCAUCCCUUCAUCUGUGAACGUGUGAAAACUUGAAUGUGAUCUGGUUUUCACCCUUCUCAGUGCAGUGAAAUGCAGAUGUGUGUGUUUGUGUUUGUGUUGCUUAUAAGUCUAAAGGCUCGUCGAAGGUGUUUGUCUUGGUACAGCUUACUGUUGUUCAUGAUGAUCUGUUCAUCUGAGGAUCACUCAGCUCAAACUCUGAUCUAGGGCUGGACGAGAAACUGAAAAUUUACCCAUACCGAAAUUUACGACAAAAACCGUCAUCGUUUUGCUCAUAUCGGUAUAUUCAGUGUCAAAAUAAAUAAAUAAAUCAAAGUUGUUUUUGGAUGUGUGUAGGUAGGCUAUGGUCUCAUGUCCCUUUAAGACGCUGUCCUACGUCAGAGACGUGACUCCACCCCAUCCAGUCUGUAACAAAGAGGGAAAGACAGGUGAGGAGAUGGAGGACGAAGUUAAUGUGGGAGGGGGUGAGCAGCUUGUGGAGUAGUUAUCGUCCGUUUAUCGUUAUGGAGGUGAACUGAUCAAUAUAUCAUGAUAUUGAUUUGAGGCCGUAUCGCCCAGCCCUACUCUGAUCUAUCGCAGCAGUAAAUGGACUCAGAUUAUUAAGGCUGAAAUCAGAAAACUAGUCUAAAGUUUCUGUCCUGAUGUCGGAGAUCUGAAAUCGGAUACUUUAAGACUCAACAGCCAGUUUGUUGAGAAAACCUUUUGUUUCAUUUUUAUUUUUUAUUGAUGACUCGUUUAAAAAGUGAAAACCUCCAGGUCUGUUGGUUUGUUGGUCCUUUUUUAAAGAGGCGUCCACUGAGGACCUUAAACUGCCUGUUUGGGUCCUUUUUAAGACUUCAGACUUGCUCCAAAAACAAGUUUAUCACCGUUAGAUCCUGUCUCAUAAAUGAUAACUAUCCUAUGGUUAGAUUUUUACAUCACUGUGUGUGUUAUUAAAUACACUGAGGCUCAACGUUGUGCUGGAUUAUUCUCCAGCUCAUCCAAACAGGGUCUCUUCUCGCUCCAAGAGCAGAGUGGAGCUCGGGCGUCUUUCCAAACUCUAAAAAGUUCAACGUUGUCGUCGAGUUACUCCGCAGUCCAUGACGAGAGUAUUCGAUUUCAGCUCGACGUGCAGAUGAAGUGUUCAGGAGCGCCACUGUGUGCAGAAAGCCCGUUUCAUGAAUGUGCUCUGAAAAGUGAAAGCUGGCCGUUUUUAAAAACCACUUUCUGCUCCGUGUUCGAAGAAAGGACUCGACCAAAAACUCGCAUCAAUAAAUCAUAACGCUGCCAGCUGAAAGUUGUCAAACGUUGAAUCGCUGCGCUGCGUUCUCCGGGCAGGACGCUCAGUGGUGUACCACAGGUUUAUAAGUGGACUCGGACCCGGGUGCAAACUUAAACUUUCUCACACUGUCUGGAAAUGAGAUAUUUUUAUUUUAACAGAAAAAGUUUGUAAAGGGGGUUCAGAGUGGGGCAGGAACUCUGCAGGUGAGCUGAUACUUCUGACCACAGGAGCACAGAUUUGGAGUUUCUCGAAAUGUUCCUGGUCAGACUUGAGGAAAAUGAAACUCCAGAAACAGCGGUGGCGUGUUACACGGUGACGGCUGAUGUAUCUCCAGUGAGAGAAGUCUGUCCUCCACAGAGGGGACUUAUUUCUCGUCACACUGAGAAGGUGAUAAUGAACUGAUAACAACAGGAACAUCCCAUCCUGUUUAUGAAACACCUUUACUGUCAUCUGCAGACAUGAUACUUCCAUAUUCCAUCAGAUCCGUGUACCUACAUCCAUCUUCUCUUCUUCUUCUGUGUUUCAGUUCCUCCGGUGAUCGUCAAAGAGUGGAGCAGCGGCAAAGCCAAGUCGGCCCUGACUCCCGAGCUGGUUCCGGCCCUGUGUUUCCGGGAGUGGACCUGUCCCAACCUCCGGCGGCUGUGGUUGGGUCGAGCCAGCGAGGACCGCUCCAGAAGAACCAGGGCCUUCCUGGCCUGCCUACGCUCUGACUGCCCAGCCCUCCUCAACCCAGCUCAGGUCCCACAGCAUCUGCUGCUCAUGUGCUGCGUGCUCAGGUACGACAUGCCCCUCCAACGCCACCGCUUUUGUUUGAGUGAAGUUAAAAAUAUCUGUGAGGGCGGCCUUCAAACAGAGUCAAGAGCUCGGUGAGAGAGAUUAUUUUGGGGCAUUUUGGCUCUUAUUAGGUAGAAGCAGCUGUCAGGAGAGAGAGAGCGGGGGGUGACAUUUAACUAAAGGUCUGCUCUGGAUUUUCAAAAGGCAGCUGCAUGACGGACUCGGCUAUAUCGAUGCAGACUCUUUUAGGUGAGCAUUCAGGUGAAAUAUAUGAGGGUUUGAAUUGUGGCUGAGUCUUCGGUGGCUUUCUGACAGAGUCCUCAGUUUUGUGUCUCUGUGGGAGAGACGGUUCGUAGGAGUAACUACCACUUAACCCUCAUUAUGACUGACAAAGACGGUAUCACAGCAAAACUGUCGUCGUCGUCUCAUAGAUCGUCUGUUUUAACUUUGUCUCUCUGUUACCAGCAGAGUUACUGUGGUGACAGAGAGACAAAAACAGAUGCUAACCCAGAAUUUCUACCGCAUCCAGCAGUGAUUUUCGCUGUCCGACAAUUCCUACUGGAUCUGUUUGUGAGGUGAAUUUCGUGGUGGAUUAGGGACAGCAGGAAUCGCGAGAACUCACAAGAACCCCCCGGAUUCACGUGAAAUCGUGCGAUGACAAGUUGUCUCUAUAAAGACAGACACAUAGACAUAUAAGCAGUAGAUUGUGUCCUUCCAGAGGAGGAAAUCUACUUCUAGACUUCUAGAAUCAGCAUCUCCUCAUCCAUGGUGUCAUCGGGGUGAAAUGACGUCUAAAAACCUUUCACUUGUUGUUUUAUUUUGUGUCUGUGCCCGACUUCCUUUCCAGCACGGGUUAAUCUGUGCUGAAUUUAUCUGGCGUGCUCCGGCGUCUGGAAAAAAUAGAACUCUUUAACUUGAAUGGCUACGAUGGGCGGAUACGGCCUUUUCGUUGCUGUUCUGGAUGUGGUGGAAAUUGGGAGUUAGAGUAACGAGAGAGACGCUGCACUUCUGUCUGAUAAUCUCAGGAGCCGAUGUCAAACUGAUUCAGAUUAAGAAAAAACAAAACAAUAUCUUGUCUUGCAGCAGGUUGCGCUUCUUAGCUUGUAUUUUUUAUGUCACUGAUUUGAAAUCGUUCUGCAAAAGCAGAGAAAACCCUCAGCAACCAAACGGAUGAUUUCUGACGCCUGAAUCAGGUACUGGAGGAUUGGUGUAGCAGCUGGAGGAACGGUCCUGUUUUUACGUUUACAGAGUUAACGCACCUUUGACUGUUGGAAGUCAGCAGGAUGAGAUUUUUGGUCAGAGGACGUUGAGAAGAAAAGCAAAGACAGAAGUCAGUGAACUUAACUCUAACUAAAAGUUCCUCACAGGAGCUUUAAGUUGAUGGUUUCCUCCCUCAUCAGCUCGUUCCUUAGUUGUUGUUUAUUUCAUCAAACUCUCUCUCCCUCAGUCUUCACUGUCCGCCCGUGUCCUCCUUUAACAAACAUGGCGUGCCAGCUGUCGAACAGCUCUACUGUCACUGACAUUGCGACCGUAGAGUCAGGCUGAAUGUUCGUCCCUGCUGGCUGACAUUGACCGACCGUGGACCCUCCCCCAGCAUCCUAACAUUGUCAUUCAGAGACCCCAGAGCAGGAGGGUCAGAGUCCCUGUCCUGUCGCAUUUUUCAGCUCUCUCCACAACACGAGUCCGAUGAUUGAGAUUGAAGGUAUUUAGUUUAAGUUUGGAAUAACCUGUCACACUGUCAUCGCGGCAUUUCUCUGCUCAAAAUCAAAGUUGGUUCAACAGAAGUUAAAACGUUGACGAGUUUGACGCUGCCAGUUUACAGACACAUUGAGGUGUCGUUGAAGAUCCGUUCUCCUCUACGGUGCGACUGUUUGAAGCCGGUUGGUUCCCUCUCUUCUUCUCUCUCAGGUAUAUGAUGCAGUGGCCUGGUGGAAGGAUCCUUCAGAGACAUGAGCUAGACGCCUUUCUGGCUCAGGCUGUAUCAAGUCAACUAUACGAACCCGACCAGCUACAGGAGCUCAAGGUGAGACCCUCACCGUCCCGUUGUUCCUGCACACACUUUAAAACACCUUAAUAAACCAAAGGGCCAAUGGUGGUGGACGGCUCCUCUCUGGAUCUUUUGUACCAACAGCAUCAGACUGUUUAAUUCUUCUGUAAAAAGGAGAUAACUUUUAGAGACAUGACAAAUGAGACGACAGACAAUUGAAUUUCCUUUCGGGGAUCAAUAAAGUUCUUAUUAUUCUUAUUUCCCUUAGUAAGUUCAGACUAAAUCAUGAUCAAAACCUCAGCUGGUGUGCGAUCAGUUUUUUCAUGUAGAGCACUAACCAAAUUGUUCUGCAGAAAACCAAAACAGCAGGUUUUAUUCCCACAUGUGGUGAAUUACUUCUGAUUAAUCGACGCUGCAAAAGCUUCAUGUGAUUCAUUGAUUCAUUCCUUCAGUGGAGAAACAGAUCAGUGUGUGAAAUCAUGUUUCCUCAAACCCAGAGUUAGGCUGUCCACUCGAGGAUAAAGAAAACCAGAUGUUGUUUUAUUUGUGGCAAACUUGACACUAAAACAACUCGAUCAUGGAGUCGACUUACAUGUCAUCAUCUAUUUCUAAAAUAUUCAAAUGUUUGAUUUAUUAUCAGCCCUGUGUCUAAAACUUCUUGAGAGAAGAUACUAAACUUUUAUUUUGAUGUUUUUCUGUCUCAUGUUGAAGCAAGGCAUUAAACUCUGCUUUUAUUUUGAAAUACACUUCCUCUAGAUCAUGAGUUACAAAACUGAGUGAAACCAAAUUUGAAAAAUAGUGAGAAAGUGAAAAUGUUCAUUUUAUGAUUAACCCAAAAAGGUAAAAGCUCUGACUUUAUUCUGGAUCCACAACAAAUCUCUCUGUGCUGUGUGUCACCUGAACGACCUCCACUAUAAACCCAACCCUUCUUAGAUUUAUGUAUCCUGUCCUUCAGAGAGCGGAGAAAGCGUUAGCACUUUCAGGGUGAUCGAGCGAAAACCUUGAAUGGUUUUCGAGCUCAGAACCAGCUUUAAAACCAAACUGGCGGCCCUGAGUCGUUCAGCAGAUGCCUCAGACGAAUGUUGUCAGCAGCAGCAGCUCUGAAGUGUUCAUAAACGUCUGGAAUGACUUGAUUGCUGAAAUGCGUUGAGUGUGUUUGCGGCUCUGCUGCUGUAAAAACGUCAGAGGUGUUUGUUAUCGCUGCGGCUCACUCCGAGUAACCGACGGUUUAAAUGCCAAAGCGGCUGCAGUGUUUAUGCUCUUUAAGUUAGGUGUUAAAGUUCACUCAUGUGCUCUGGCACUCGGCCAUGAUUCAAAUAUUAACUCAUACUAAAGUGAGAGGUCACCUGUGUCUGUGCUGAACCGAAACACACUGAUGGUGGAUCGGGGAUCAUCACUCAGACCUGGAUUAAAGCCUCCUCUGUCUCAGCGGCUCAGCUGAUCGCUCCACACUCAUGAGACUCAUUUAAGUCGUUUCUGUGUUACAAUCAAAAUGAACUUGGAAGUGUCUAAUGUGUGCGCCCACGUACCAUGUGUCUGAGACAUCAUUAUUCACAACUCUCCUGCUCUGAUUCUUAUUCAUGCCCUCCUGCUGCUCGUCUCCGCCGUCGCUCUCAUUUCUACAUUUGUGUGUCUGCUGUCAGGUGGAGAAGGUGGACGCCCGUGGCGUGCAGCUGGCUUCUCUCUUUAUGGCCGGCGUUGACACCGCGCUGUUCAUUAAUGAUGUGUGCGGCCAGCCGUUGCCAUGGGAACACUGCUGUCCCUGGGGCUUCUUUGACGGCAAACUGUUCCAGAGCAAACUGGCCCGGGCAGCUCGAGACCGGGCGGCCCUGCUGGACAUGUGUGAGGGACAGGUACGAAACUGAGUGUGUGAGUUUGAUGACCUGUCGAUGGUGCGCUGUUAACCCAGGAUUUGGUCUUACCCUACCUUCUGAUGCAGAUCCACUCAUACAAACUAAUAAACUGUUCAGGUCUCUGGUUGAUUAAAGGUCCGGGUUUUUGUUUGCGUUGGCGUUCAGUGUCAGUUUUGUGUGUUUCUGCCCUGCAGGAGGAGCUGGUGUCCAAGGUGGAGAAGAUGCGUCAAGCAAUCCUCGAGGGCAUCAACCUGUCUCGCCCUCCUCCUCCUCCCCCUCCUCUUCCACCUCCUGCCUUCCUCCCCCCAGCCAUGGUGCCCCCUUUCUACCCCAUGCCUCCACUUUACCCACCUCGCCCCAUGGGCGGCAUGCCCCCUCAUCACCACCCGCAUCAUCCACAUCACCCGGCCCAGCACAGACCCAGAGCCUUCCCAGGUACUCAGACUUUAAUCUUCUCGUUGGUGUAACCCCCAAAUAUCCUGAUCUCCGGACAUAUCGUCUGUAGUCCGUCAGGAGAUGGAGAGGACACUCUGUGACUCUGAGUUUGUAUUCACUCCUCGUCUUCUGUCUUCAGGCAUUCAGUCCAUCCCUCCUCAGGGAGGGAAACUGGAGAUCGCCGGCAUGGUUGUGGGCCAGUGGGCCGGGAACAAACCAAUCCGUGGUGGGAGAGGGGGGUUCAACAUGCAGGUGGUGUCGGUGGGAGCAGGGAAAGGGUGAGUACGACAUGUGACUUAAAGCUGUUGGGAUCGGGACCUGAAUCUGACGACUAAUCCUGGACUUGUUCCUGUUUUUACGACAGGAGGGGAAAAGAGAUUCCAGCGAAAGUGAAGGGGGUAAAAAAGACACCUGCCAACAGAUCACAGGUACGACCCCUAAAAGAGAGAAAUAUUCCAGACUUCCUGUUUUUCUUUCCCUCCGUCAAACCUCUUUCUCUCUCUCUCUCUCUCUCUCCUCGCAGACGUCGUCCUCCCCCACAUCCAGCAGCCCCCCAAAGCCGUCAGAGGAGGCGGGCUCAACGCCAGAGGUUGCCACCCAGCAGCUGAACGGCAGCUCAGCAGCGUCCGCCAUCGGUCAGCCCUUGGAGCUGACCCCCCUGGCCCAGCCAAUCCCGUGUGCCUUAGCCAGCAGAGACAACCAAUCAGAGGGGGUGGAAGUGGAGGACCCCUGUUGCCUUGACGACUGCCCGUCAGACGGAGCACUACAGAAGGAGGAGUGAUGGCGUCCCUUCCAGGAUGCACUGCUCUGAGAGAGUUCUCUGUGUUCGACUGCCUUUCCCUGUUUUUGUAGCCCUGCCUGCUAGCUGUGACAUCAUCACAUGGAGCAGGAAGCGACGCGAGGCGCCUCCUCGCCUCCUCGCUGCCCCAUGUGAUCAGCUCGAGCGGUUAGCUGUUACUUCCUUUUUAGUUUUCUCAUGUGGUUUUACAUUGUUUUAUGAAGAGAGGUUUUCUCCACGAGUCUGUAAGCGCCCCACUCCUCCAAAAAGAAUCCUAAACGCCUCCCUCCCGCACUCAGAGUAAAAUAAGCUUGAAGCCCCGCCCCUUCCAUUAUGACCCGCCACUCAAAGAGCCCCUCCCCCUUAAGUAUGGGUAUCUGUACAGUUUGAAAUUGUUAUUGUGUUUUUGAUGGUCCCCUUUGUAUGAAUCUCUGCACACAGACGUAAAAGCUCGUGGUUACGGUGACAGAUUGGAUGUGGUUUCCAUGGUUACAGCUUCUAGGCCUGGUCGCCACGGUCGGUCGUUGUGCUUUUUCGACGCGGUUUGUUGCCAUAACCUUCUCGUGAGACACGAAUCCAGAGACGUUCAAAGUUUUGACUCCGGAUGUGAGUGACGUGCCGUUUUUUUCUGUGCAGUGACCCUCGUCCCCUCGACUCCGCGGGCUAGCAGCUCCGCCGCCUAACACACGCAGUGUUAGCACGUCCCCUUUUUGAUUGAUUGGUUGAUUGAUUGAUUGGUUAUUUACAACAGGAGCACUUCCGCACCACCAAGGUAUUAGCGUGCUAUCUUACUUUGACCUAUGUAGCAAAGCCGAGUGCUAAGCUGUGCUAAGAGACCCCGUGAAUUUAUGCACCUUAUGCCCCAAAGUAUGCAAGAUGUCCCCCUGCUCCUCAAAAAAAGUGCAUUAUUUUAUGAUCCUCCCCUCCCCCUCGUCCCUCUCUCCAAAAGCUUUGAUUGUAUUUUCCCAACAGAAGCACUUAUUGUUGUAUUUAAAUGAAUUUGAACAAGCCCCUGUACAGGUGAAUCGACCGCGUGUGAGGGGUGUUCCCUGCGCAUAAAUGAAUCCUUAUUACAUGUAGAACUACAUUUAAAGGUAGAGAUCUAUUUGAGAGACGUCAGAAUGUGAACAGAGUGGUUUCAGACAAAGAAGCACUUUGUUUUAAAAAACGUUUAACCACACUGGACUGUCCUCUACCCGGUGAUAAAGAAACGAUCAACUCUCGAAGCACCUUCUGGAGUUAAGGCCAAAAAAGAAAGACAAAAUGCUGCCCAGCAAAAAAAAAGAUGGAAAUGAAUGAUGAGGGUUUGGGUGACAGAGUUCCCCUCAGACUGGCCUCACACAUUCAUCAAGAACCUUGAAAAGAAGCUGAAACGAGUCCUGACUUCGGGCAACCCUUUCAGAUUUCUAAAAAAAACUUAUUUCCAAAGUGUAUUUUAAAAAGGCUGACCGCUCAGGCAGCCGCUGAUAGAAAUAUAUAUAUAUAAAAAUAUAUAUAAAUAUAAAGGGGGUUUGGCAACAAAGCCUCAAAGAUUCCUCCACCCUCUGGUGGUGAUUAAGCAACCGUUGCCACGACAAUAGCCCAACACCGCGAGCCGCUGCCCCCCGCACGGCUCCGGUGUGUCACUUUACAGACCAGCAGGAAGCACUUACCCGCCCCGAAGCCCUUCAGCCGAGCACGGCGGAGGCUUCGCGGGGCCGGAUCACAUGACAGGAGAGAGAGAGGCCUCAUGGCAGACCCCAGUGCGCCGCUCACAAUCCUGAGACUUCUACGAUAAUGAAUUGUUUUAUUAGAGCACUUAUGUUUGUAGAGACAGAGAUGUGUCCCCCAUAGUAGGUUUCAUCUGACGACGGAAAUACAACUUUAGCACAAACUGCAAAUGUAAAGAGCAGUGGAGCGACAGAUUACUGCCUGAGAGAUGCUGGCCAUGAACAUUCGAAUCUCUUCCUGAAAGAGAGGCUGAGACGAGCUCGAUGUGUAUAAAAGUCAACAAGAAGCACCUUAUUUUCUUACUAUGUUGAUGACUUGUGCUCAACCGUGUGCCACAGAAUUGACAUGGAUAUAAAGCUCUUAUGAAAUCGCCGCUUUGAAGGACAAAACCCCGACUAUAUAUAUAUGUAAGUGUUAAUGUAGUCGCGUCAGACAUCCCCUCAGUUAUGAACUCAGACCAUUACAGUGAAACGCUGACAGUUGGCCCCCGGCCGGCCGAGAGCGUAGGCCUACGCUUGGACACGAGGCCGGGGCCGCCGUCUCUUACAACCAACACCAAAUGAAAUCCGAUGUUCGGACUCGUUAGCCGUUCUUGGUAGGGAUUACGCGCACACUCGUGUGCUGUAGGUGUUCGUAGGUUAAGAGUAGGAACCAGCGUCAGGAUUAACACAGGACUGUAAUACACAGACACCAAGACUAGGCUAGAGAUUAUAGCUCCACUGGCCGAAAUACUAAGUCUAGAUUUACUAGGAGUCAUAUACUUAACUGCUUUCAACUUUUGACAUUAGUACAAAUAUGUGUAUUACAACAGUACAUUGUUAGAAGAUGGCUUUUUUCUGCGGCGAGCCAGAGCGUGAUUCGGUAUAACGACGCCCUCUCUCUCGAUUCGCUCGCCAGAUAACAGUUACACACACACACACACACACGUACACGCACACACGCACAUACAUACAUGAGACACAGGUGUUCAGUUGCGUUUGUUACCAGCAGCAUCCUCUCUGCUUUCGUGCUGAAGUGAUUUUGUGCAGUUUCAGUUCCCAGUGGAGUGGUCGUCAGUUCAUCAGAGAUCAUUUUUUUGGUAACACAUCCGACUGACUCCAGGAUUUUUUCCAAGAUCGCACGGAGGGAUUUGAGAUUUUAAAACGAGACACGUUCAAGAGGUGUGUCAGGGCGUAGGCACAUAAACACACACACACACAAACACACACACACUCACACACACUCACACAGAUACAUAGAUGUUAAACCCUGAGUUACACAGUAGCUAGUAUGGAAAAAAAAUCAAACACAAUACAUGAUGUAGUGUCCCUCUCUUGUCCUUGUCUGUUUUAGUUCGAUAGGUAUUUGAUCAGUGAUUUUUUAUGCUUGUUAUCCUAACUCCCCGCCCACCUCCUGCUACGACACUUUCUCUCGCCUCUGCGUUCCCGAAACUGUUCAUUCACUUCUUUUCUCUGCCUCCACUUAGAGAACAUGCAUCCAAUCACACACACAGAAACAUACACACACACUUGAACACACACGGCAGACACAAACAUUCACACACAGACACAGACACACACACACACACAGAUUAACCGCCCUCUCUCUGUGUUUCAGUUCUCUCUUUCACUCUCCCCUCUCUGCCUCUCCUGUAGCCCCUUAGGACCGUUUCUAUUGGCCGUUUUCUCUUUUCUCUUUGGGCUGCCCCGCCCCCUUUAAUCAACCCGACUAACAGUAAAGGUUAUAUUAACGUUGAUAAUCAGUUUCUGUAUGUAUCUAGCCAGAGUCUGGAAAAAAAAAUCUGAAAAAAAAGUCAAAACGGUUUUAUUCAAUUGUGCAAACGUGUUUUUCUUACUAUUUUUAAUGUUAUUACAUCUUUAAUCUAAUCCUUCUACCAUUGCUUCAGUUAGUACUGAAAUACGCUUAGCCAACCUAGAGAUUUGAACUGUAAUGAUUGCGAUUUUCCUUACCUGUAUUUUAUAUGGCAUCUUAGACCACCGUUUAUUCUGUACGUUAAGUAAAUAUUGCCCGUUUCGUUCGAAUUGAAAAAUCGUCGUCUGCACUAUGUUUGAUUCUCAUAAUCUCCCUGAUAACGAUAUUUGUGGUCGACUCAUUAUUAUCAAUCGAAGCUGAACUCUGCGCCCUUGCACAAAGCAGCGAAACAUCUCUUGUAAACACCUGAGAACCAAAGUACACCUAACGUCCCCUUUCACCCCACUAUAACGCCCCUUAAGCCCCGCCCCCGACGCCCCUAAAUGUCGACGGUCUGCCCCCCCGAGUAACAAGUUUUCUGAUGAGUAUGAGUAUAUAUAUAAUGACAUUACAGCACGUGUGAUUUAUUUGACAAGUCUGUGAGGUAACGGUGUUUUUGUACACUGUGGUUGUUGUGGAGACGCAGACAGACAGGGAAGAAGAACGGACGUGUUUGUUGUUUCGUCGUUCGGUUGUUACUUCUCCGUUGACUGAAUUAAGGCUGCGUGAACCACUGACUUCAGAUCCACACUCGAACACGGGAAGGACGACACCUGACCAACACGCGCUGUCAGUCUUUCUGGGGUUUUGGCGCCCUCUUUUGCAUUUUAUUUUACAUGUUCUCGUGCUCUCCAACUUUGCCUUUAACUUCUCUGACUCAGAUCGAUAGAACGAUGUACUGUAACUGAGUCUCUUUAUGUGUGGGCACACAGGCUGUUAAGAGUGGGCGGAUUUUCUUCGAAACGCUCGUCUGAGAUUCACAAUAAAUGUGGAGAUGUGGAAAAGCAGCAAGACGAGUCGGGCUAAUAGGUCAAAGAAAUCUGAAUUAAUUCAUUCAUCUGCAGCUUUUUUUUUAAAGGUUUCGAACCUGCUUGUCUUUCGGGGCUGCAACAAUUAAAUUGGACCGUACACACUUCAUUCACAAGUCAAAGUCACUUGAAAAAUGGCUUGAAACUUCCUCUGAAGCUCGAACGUUUGAUAACUUAUUUGCAGAGAAGUCCCUGCAGCAGUAAACGAUAUUAAUCCAGGGUUUGGAGCUUCUUUUUUAAGUCUUGUUUCAGAGGAGACGAAUUUCACAUCCACCAAAAAUCUCAGCCCAAGCGUCUGGAAGAAAAUUCACACCCUGUUACUGAUGAAUAAUAAAAACAUCCUGCCUCACUGCCUACGCAAACGGGAAGCAUCUCCUAAGAGCUUGACAAUGUAAAGAGAACCAAAAGUCCCAGAAUAGAAAUGUACUAUGUAGUGUUGUAGAAGUCAAACAGUGUUAUUGUCUGCCAUACAGAUCGUGGAAAGGAGUCAUCUGUUGUGUUGUACCUGUUCUGAUGUAUUUGCAGGAUUUUCACAGCAUCUUGUCCAGUUUGAAAAAAAAAAAAAGAAAAGGUUCCCUACUCUGUCUGUCUCUCUCUACACUGCCACUCCCCCCCUCAAAAGCCCCCCCCAGCUCCGGCAUAAUCCCCUUCCCUCCCCUGUUGCUGAGUCCCAGUUAAGGGGCUCAAGUUGAAGUCAGUCUCAAGUCAGCCACACUUGUACCAAUGCAUGUACUUCAUUCAGCACCCAGGGCCGCCCAAAACUACCUGUGCAGCAAAAAGGGUUCAAAUUUCUCCAUAAUACUAUUGUUAUAGAAAUAUUAUCAUCAUCAUUAUUGCUGUUAUAAUUAUGGUUGGUAUAAUUUGUCAUCAUUGUUAGCAUUAUGGAAGCACCAGACUGUUUGUGGAAAGACAAGAAAAGAAAGCUUUUUUUUUAAUUGUCUGGCUGUUGGUGGUCUGAUCUCACAGAGGGAGGGGAGGAAAGGUUCAGAAAGAGACAAAGAUGGCAGUCAUGUUUGUACUGGUUGGGAAAUGACUUACAGUGCUGAAAUAAAAUUUAUUCUUUUAGUAAAAAAAGUA